AUGUCGACUUUAGGACAAUUAAUAAAGAAUUUUGUUAUUUUUUUUGCAACAUACUUUACAGUAACAAUUUUUAAAUGCGCCAGCAAUAAGAAGCUAGGUAAAAAAAAGAAUGGUAAAUUACACAAUCAAAAACAUUCUGAAUAUGGACAGAAUAAAAUAUUGAAAAAUAAUGACAAAGAAAUAAAAAAUCGUAAUGAAAAGGACGAAAAAAAAGUAUGUGAUGGAAGUGAUUUAAAAUCGAGCAAAACAAAAAAAACAGCUAUUAAUCAAUUAAAUCAAGCUAAUUCCAGUAAAAAAGUUUCUGAUAAUGGAAAUAACGAGCAAGGUAAAGCGGAAAUAAAUAGCAAAAAGAAAAUCCAUCAAAUGAAUGAUCCUCAAAUUCAAAUAUGUAAAAAACCAAAAAAUGAUAUGUCAGUUGAAAAUAAUACAAUAGUUGUUGAUAAAUAUACUGAAGUAGAUUGUAAAAGUAUACUUGAAACAAAUAAAAAAGUUUUAAAAAAAUCUUCAAUUCGUGAAGGAGAAGGCCAAUACAAAAGUUUAACAUUAUCUCCUAUUUCAAUUGAUUCACCAUUGCAAAUGCCAAAGUUCCCUGAACUAAAUUGUGUAGGUGAAGAAAAUGAUCAAAAAAAAGAUAGUACUAAUUCAGGAAAAAAAAAUACUGAUAGUGAAAAACAAAAAAAUGAAGAAAAAUUGAAUGUUGAAAAGACUCAAAGUAUUUCAGUGGUGAAUAAUGAUAUACACAAAAAAAAUUGCAAUAUAAUUGACGAUAUUAUAAAAGAUAAUAUUUUUGAGGAAGUAAAAAAAGACGAUAAAGAAAAAGAAGAAAAUAAUUCUUUAAAGUUGGAAGAAACACAAUCUUUAAACUCUAUUAAAUAA